AUAAACCAUAAAAUCAGGAGCUUCUCGCUAGGGGCAGCAUCUUCAGAGCUGUUGUUUGCUUCUAAAAACUAGACAGAGUGUAGAUAAAAUUAGAUUAGACAUUAAACAGUCUCAUCUAUUACUUUUGUAUACAAAGCAAAGGAUAGCUUAUUUCUGGAGCAUAUUUUGACCAACUUGUGUAAACUAAAAGAACAUGCCUCGCAAUAGAGACGGGCCCAAGUCCGCUGUUAACCACGUUGUUGUCACUGGCUAUGAAAAGAGAAGAAAUCCAAGCAAGCACUACGUAUUUGUCAUCGACGUGACAUGGGACAAUGAUGAGAGGUUUGAGGUACUUCGAAGAUACAGUGACUUCUUCACACUCCAGGAAACUUUGAAAAUUGUUUUUCAUGAGAGUCCCAAUCGUCGCUCACUCCCUACUCUGCCAAAGAGAAAGUUUCUUGGUCGUAGUCAUGUCGAGAGUGUUGCAGAAGCACGGCUGGAAGCACUGAACCAAUACUGCCAGUCAAUCAUAAGGAUGGAUGAGAGCAUUUCAAGAUCAAAGCAUGUGGUCAGUUUCUUUCUGCCAAAGGUUGGAGACAGGAAGCAAGCAAAGUUACGUUUGAGCCGACCAGCUUCCCUCCAUCCUCAGAAAAGGCCAUUAGGUAACAGCACUUGGGAAGAAUACUGUGUCAUUGCUGAUUUCAAGGGAGAGAAAGAGAGUCAGUUAACAGCUGACAGUGGAGACCAAGUGAUAGUGAUGAACAAAGACCCCUCAGGAUGGUGCCUUGUAGAGCGAAAAGGAAAGAUUGGCUGGAUACCUGAAUCCUACCUUAAGAAGACAAAGGGUGAUGACAUUGAGGACUGCCUUGGAAUGAUAGGACCUCCAGAAGGUUUUACCAAGAAAGAUCCUGAGAGCACCCCGUCCAGCAGCAGUUCCACUAGUCCUGUUAGCUUAGAGAUAGAAGCACAGGAGUAUAUGGCCAUUGAUGCAUACAAGGCUCAGGGCCCUGGACAGAUCAACUUUGAAGAAGGAGAGAUUAUUACCGUAUUGGACAAACUGGAAGACGGAUGGUGGUUUGUUACUAAGGAUGACGAGGAGGGGUGGGUUCCCUGUGGCUAUCUUGAACCAGUGGAUAGCAAAGUGGAAGAAGAGAUUGCUGUCUCCUCACUAGAUAUUGAGAAGUAUCGCACUGUUGCUUCUUAUACAGCAGAGGAAGAGGAUGAGAUAUCAUUUGAGCCUUCACUAACUGUUGAGGUCCUCCAAAAGUCACUAACUGGUUGGUGGCUGAUAAGAUGUGAGGGAAAAGUAGGCGUUGCACCUGCUACAUACCUCAAAAAGAUUGAAGAAGGUUCGGAAGAAUCAGCAGUUAUUGACUCAGGGAUCGACAGUGGCUCAGAGAAACAAGAAAGCCCAGUGAUAUCAUCUUUUGCCCAAGCCCCAAGACAGAAAACCGUUAGAAAGAAAAGAUUCAGCACAGGAAAACCGAAAGGAGCAGCUAAACCUGAGGCUCACCAGCAGCCCCCACCCCCUCAUUCACCAUCACCAACUCCUUCAAAGUCUCAGAGUCCACAAAGACGCAAGGGAAGCGAACCGAUACUAUCACGAAAAUCACCAAUACCGGAGAGAAAGGUGAGUGAACCUGAUUCAGAGUCUCCGUCAAAUUCGAGACGAUCGCCAAAACCUCCGAGAGUAAAGUCCCAGUCUCAAGACGUGCCAGUGUACAGCAAUAGGCUUGAGAUGCCAUACACUCCUCCACGCCCACGCCAGAGCAAAAUAGACAGAGCAUGGAGAGGUACAGAGAACAAGCCUGCAUCAGUUGAUGAGUCUCGAAUGUUCUCUCCUCCUUCAAUUGAUGAGGAAGUUGAGGAGGAAGAGGAGGGAAAGAAGAAAAGAGGGUUCUCCCCCUCGAGGCUUUUUGGACGACGUAGCCCAAGCCCAAGAAGUCCUCAGGACCUUUCCCCACGAUCAAGCCCAUUCCAGAGACGCAGGGAUGAUUCUAAAAGCCUCUCGCCACCUUUGGCUGAUCAGAACAGACGCAGCAGCUCUGACUCGAGCCCACCAGGACGAGCAGGAAGUGGCGGAGCGAAUCCUUUUACCCAAACAAUGGUUGAUAGUAUGUUGAAAUACAUACUAGCAUCUGAAGAUGAGACACUUAAAGCAGCUCUGAAGGAUGCAAUAAGAAGUGAUUCUAAGAUGAUGGAAGAACUUCGAAAGUAGAAGCCGACCACAAAUUGAACUGCAAGUAGCAGAUUUAGAUGUCAUUACUGUCAAUUUUAACUCAUUUGUCUUGUGUUGUUAAAAUUUUUAUCAAGACUGGUAUGUUCUUUUCUUUUUUUUUAUUGCAUUUAUCAUGAAUAAUUAUGUAGAUUUAUAUCCGCACAAGUCUUGUUCGUCACAGAUAUUUUUGUGUAAUAAUAAUUAUUUCUUUUAAAAUGCCAAUAAAAUGUCUAAUUUCUUUUUAA